CAGGGUAGCAGUGCUGGCUCUGCUGCUGAUGUUACUGCUUGCUGCUUGAAAGGAGACUGCAAGUUAUCAGAGCUCCUCCCUCCAUACACCGUGUGACAACAACAACCCGUCCACAGAGCAGCCAGCACUUUUCAGCCUCAUUUUCUCUCUGUCAUUCCUCCUCAAUCUUUGAUCAAUGUGCUGCCAGACAGAGCCCAAGUGCUCCCAGCCUCCUCCUCCUCCUCUCCACCACCAUCUCUCAACUUUGUGCUAGACUUGAAGAUUAAAAAAAUCAUCCCCAAAUACACUGAGAGACUAACAGCACCCCUGCUCCUACCCCUGCUGGACUCUGAAAUUGUUUUAUUUAUUUCAUUUCUUUUUUUUUUUUUUUUUUGUUUCUUUGAUUGUGGGGUGCCAGGGGAGGUGUAUCGCUCCCCCUUUAACUGCUUACGUCACAGCUUUUGUCUAGAAUAGAACUUUGAGUUUCUAUUUUAUGUAGGGGUUCUGAGUGUUUUUUCCGUGCGGUAACUUUUUUUUUGCCAGCAUUCCAGAGAUAACUUGUACAGCUCGGGAAGGUCUUCUGUAUGUGACCAUGGCCAUGGCUGCUUUGAUCCCACCGACUCAGCUGGGGACAGCUCAGGCAGCGAUAGCUCCGUCUGCAUCAUCCUCUUCCAACAACUCGUCCUCCUCCUCCCCCUCUCCAUCCAUCGCUCCUUCCUCGUCAGGGCCAGCUCUCUACCGACCGGAGCCGCCCGCCGCCAGCACGGUGGUGACCUGCAGCAUCAGCAGUGCCACCUCAACCAGUAUCUCAAGCAGCAGCAGCCCGGGGACUGGAGGAGGCAGCAACAACUGUAGCAAUAGCCAGAACGUGGUCACGGGCAACGGCAACAUUAGCAGCCACCACCACCACAACCCUCUGCCCAGCACCCCUACCACCUCCACCAACACUACCUCCACUUCCACCACCAGCAGCAGCAGUGUCCCCAGCACCAAUCUACCAGGGAAACCAGUCUACUCCACCCCAUCUCCAGUGGAGAACAUCCCCCAGAACAAUGAGUGCAGGAUGGUGGACCUGAGAGGUGCUAAGGUGGCCUCGUUCACUGUGGAGGGGUGUGAGCUCAUCUGCCUGCCCCAGGCUUUUGACCUGUUCUUGAAGCAUUUGGUUGGGGGGCUGCACACCGUCUACACUAAGCUUAAGAGGCUGGAGAUCACCCCUGUGGUGUGUAACGUUGAACAGGUCCGGAUCUUGAGGGGCUUGGGUGCUAUCCAGCCUGGGGUCAACCGCUGUAAACUCAUUUCGAGGAAGGAUUUUGAGACAUUGUACAACGACUGCACUAACGCAAGCUCCAGACCUGGCAGGCCUCCGAAAAGAACUCAGAGUGUCACCUCACCAGAUAAUCCGCAUAUCAUGCCACAUACUGUGCCUGGUCUCAUGUCUCCAGGAAUGAUCCCACCCACAGGUUUAACAGCUGCCGCUGCAGCGGCAGCAGCUGCCACUAAUGCAGCAAUAGCUGAAGCAAUGAAGGUGAAAAAAAUCAAGUUGGAAGCAAUGACCAACUAUCAUGGCAGCAAUAACCAGCUUGGAGGAGACUCGGACAAUGGCGAUCUUAAUUCUAGCGUUGAAAGAAACUGGAGAAAGAAAAUCCUAUAUGAAUUUUUCCUGAGUGUGUUCAAUCCAGUGUGUGCGAUGCAAGUGUGUAGCAGUGAUGGUUCUUGGGAUAAAGAAAAACUUCAGUCUCUCCCUCCCCAAGGAUCUCAAACCUCUGUUAACCAUUCCAACCUGCCUGGACAGCAUAACCUUCCAGUUUCUCAUCCUCUCAACUCUCUUCAACAGAAUCACCUUCUGCCAAAUGGUCUUGAACUACCUUUUAUGAUGAUGCCCCAUCCAUUAAUCCCUGUAAGCCUACCUCCAGCUUCAGUUACCAUGGCAAUGAGCCAGAUGAACCACCUUAAUACCAUUGCAAACAUGGCAGCUGCGGCACAAGUACAGAGUCCCCCAUCAAGAGUUGAAACAUCCGUAAUUAAGGAACGUGUUCCAGACAGCCCAUCUCCUGCUCCAUCUCUUGAAGAUGGACGAAGACCAGGCAGUCAUCCCUCAUCCCACAGAAGCAGCAGUGUAUCAAGUUCUCCAGCUAGAACUGAAAGUUCCUCAGACAGAAUUCCUGUCCAUCAAAAUGGCCUGUCAAUGAACCAGAUGAUGAUGGGUCUAUCACCAAACAUCAUUCCAGGGCCAAAAGAAGGUGACCUUGCUGGUCAUGAAGUAGGACACGAAGCAAAGAGAAUACAUAUGGAAAAAGAUGAGACCCCGCUCUCAACACCAACUGCAAGAGAAAGCUUUGAAAAACUUUCCCUGUCUGGACACGGGCAACCUCUACCUCCAGGCUUCCCAUCUCCCUUUCUGUUUCCUGAUGGUUUGUCUUCCAUAGAGACACUACUGACAAAUAUUCAGGGUUUGUUGAAGGUGGCUAUAGAUAAUGCCCGAGCUCAAGAGAAACAAGUACAAAUGGAGAAGACUGAAUUGAAGAUGGAACUUUUCAGGGAACGAGAGCAGAGGGAAACCAUAGAAAAGCAAUUGGCAGUAGAACAGAAGAACAGAGCAAUAAUUCAAAAAAGACUUAAGAAAGAGAAGAAAGCAAAAAGGAAAUUACAGGAAGCCCUAGAAUUUGAAACAAAGAGGAGGGAGCAAGCUGAGCAGGCAUUGAAACAAGCAGCAUCCUCAGAAGGUCUCCGAGUCCUUAAUGAGUCUUUAACUCCAGAGAUAGAAUCUGACCGCAAUGGGGGCAGAACAGAUGCUGAAAGGACAAUACAAGAUGGAAGACUUUAUUUAAAAACCAGUGUUAUGUACUGAAGUCACACAUACAACUGUAGAGGACUCUGUGAGAACUUUUGAAAACCCUGACAAAAUAGAACUCUCAACACUCCACAUAGGAGCACCAGUGUUCUAUAACUGUACUGGUAUAUUAGACUGCCAACCUGUGACUAUUAAGCCAGACGUUUUAAGAAGUUUUCUAAUUCUUUCAGUAGCACAUCUUUUGUUGGAUUUUAUUUGAGAUGUUGCUGACAACCUGUAUAAAUAUGUAUCAACAAGACCCACAGUACUUCUUUUUUUAUAUGAAACUUGUUCUGAUAUUUGAGCACAUCACAAACUUCCAACCGUGGCAUCUUAAACAGAGGAUUUUUCUCACAUCUAAACCAGCAAAACCAAGCCCAGAAAAAAAGCCAGUUGAAGAAGAUUCCUAUAAGGGCAUACAUUUCAAUGAAACUCAAAUACUACAAAACUCUUCUUGCAAGAUGUUUUUAAGUUCAAACAAUAUUUGCUCCUUAAGAUUAAACAUUUUGGCCAACUAAGGAAGAUACUUGCUCUUGGAUAUUGAACUACUGAAUUAUUUAAUGCGAAAAUAACUUUUUACUAUCUGCUGAAUGUAAAAUAAACUACUAUUUUCUUCUUGAGCACCUACUCUAAAAACCCAACUAAUUACCAUUAAAUCCCUUGAGUACUGUGGGAUUCAGGAAAAAAAAUGCUUUGCUUGAAAUGCGUUGGCCACAUGUAAAUAGACAUAACGCAAGGAAGGUAUAAUGUAUGCAGUAGAUUAUUAGAGUUUAGGAAAAUAAUUUUAGACAAUGUUCUGUCAUUCUGUUGAUUUUUAAAAGCCUUUAUAGUUUAAAGCAUGCAGGCAUGUAAAUAUUUGUUCUGAAGUCACAGUAUUAAUGAAUAAGAUUUUAAGAAUCUGGUGAAAUGAAGGGAUUGUGUCAGCCACUUUUAUUUGUAUAUUAAGUCUUUUAUGCCCUAAAAUGUCACAAGUAAGAUGAGUACGUGGCUGAUCAGUAAGUUGCAACACGAGAAAUAUUUUUAUAUAAUCUUGUCAAUUUUGAGGGAAAAUUCAUAAAAUAAAUAAACAAAAACAAACCUAAAAUACAUGUGAUGUUCCACUAAUACAGAAUAUUGUUUUUCCUAACUAUUUGUUUCACUACUGUAUUGUAUGAUCACAACCCAUCAUGUAAUUGUACCUGUAUGUUAUAGUGUGAAAGGGGUUUAUUUUGUGUUUUUGAUGUCUUUAUGAAAAAAAAAAAAAAAAAAAAAACAUGUUUUCAAUUUCAAAUAUCUGGAAACAAAUCAGAUCAGUACAGUUACAGUUCAGAAAUUUGAUUUUGACUUAAUUUUGUAAUUCCUGUAUACCCCUUCAAAGACUGAAUUCAUAACUAAGUUCCUGAACGUGUACACAAUUGGUUUCUACACAUAUCUAGUUUUAUGCACAUAAAAUGUAAUUUAUUUUGUUAUAACACAUCAAAGGUUGUUUUUAAUGUCAGAUUUAAAAUUUUAUUCCUGUAAAUUUUAAUUUCAGUGUGAUUCUAAUAGUGUUGUUUAGUCACUUAUUAAACCACUGUAACUUGUUAAGUCUUCCUUAAUCUACUGGGAUAUAAUUUCUUUUGUGCGAAAACCUGAACUAUACAUUUCGAUCUGCCAUUGUAAUUUUUCAAUAAAAUAAUGUAUAUACAAUUUCACAUUUUUAUGAUACCAAGCAAUAUUUUUUCAAUAA